GUGUCCCCACCUUUGAAAAUUACAUUGCCGACUCCUAAGGCACAUGAAUGAAUUAUUCAUAUUAACUGGUACUUGCAUUUAAGACCAAUUAAUGUUCAAUGCAAUAUUCAGUGCAACACUCAUUAAAGCAGAAUGGGCAGAAGGCGAUUAAUACGCUCUUUCGGUGAUGUCCAAGUCUUUGGAAGUCAGGUUAGUUGCUAAAUUCUAGCAUCAAAAAUUGACCAAAGUCUUUAACUCAGUCUGGUAGAUCAUAUUUCUCAACGAAUUUGCUCCAGAGAAACAUAAUUUCUUUUUUAAGUUGAGUUGCUUCUUACUUAUCAAUGAUUCUACUUGGGAUAUAAUAGAACAGCUCCAGCUUUUAAUAGAUGCUUUCUUUAUCUAUUUAUUAAAUAGGUAGAGUACUGUAUAUAUGUACUAAAUAUCUCACUACAAGUAACUACUACAUGGGUUGCAGUUCUGUACAUAGUGAUUUGUGCUCAAAUGCUAUUAUACUAAUUAAAGCAGGAUAUAUAUACAUCAUCACUGACCAUGUAACGCAAGGUAUGUUACAUAUAGAUCUAGACUUCAAAGUUAACUGAUAAAUAUGUCACUUUAUAAAUUAACCUCCUCUUCAUAAUAAUUCAGGGUCUUUUCAGAUUUAGUUGAGAUAAUUUUUCUGUGUUGGGAUACUGUUAUGAUACUUUCAAACAUUUUGAAGGAGUUUUUUUUAACCAACUUACUAGUCAAGGAUACUGGGAGUAUUAACUCUGAGAGACAGUGUAGAAUGGCAGGGCCUGGCAUGCUAUAAGGUCCAUGGGGUUGCAAAGAGUUAGACACAACUUAGUGAAUGAACAACAAGUCAAUGAUACGUACAAUAUCAUUCAUUUUUUUAACCAAAUUAAUUGUUGCAUUUCUGCUAAAAGUUGCUUGAAAUAUUAUCUCUUUAUUAUUCACUUAUUUUUAUUAACUUGAUUCGUAAGGAAGGUAUGUGUGUUAAAAGUAUAAAUCUUUCUGCAUUAAGAAGUGAUGCUAGUGUUGAGAGAGUUGCACUAGGGAGAUCAGAUGCCAACUGUUUAGGAGAGCCUUGAUAAACCUGCGAAUUCUAGGAAGGGUAAUGCCUGUUACUAUCAUUACACAAUUACUUUGCCUCCCAUAGAAGCUGUGCUCUUGAAAGACACCGUGCACCUGGAUCAUGACAUCUAUUCAAAAGAUAGUUUUAGACUUUGCUGAAUCUCUUCCAGACCUCGGAAGCCUGGCAUUUCUCCAAGUUCCUAGACCUAAACUAUGAUUGAAUGCUUGCCUGUGAACGCCUAAAGAUGUAGCUGCAAGACAGGGUAUAUAACUUUUUUGGAAAAAAAAACUAUCAAGAGACACAUGCCAUCAGGAAUAAUCUGCUGAGAAAUAUCGUCCAACAGUUGGAAGGAGUAAAGUGAGAAAUGGAUCAGCAGAACAAGACAAGCUGUGUGCCACAGGUCUGCAAUUGAUGGCUUGAAAGGAACCUAUGAAAGAGAAAUGCGAAGAGAACUGCGCAUGACUGGAACUUAAUCAUGUGUACAGAGAAAGUCCCUUAAAUGUUUGAAAGGUUCCAAAUGUUGUCUGAAAUGCUAAGGAGGAAACUUCGUCACUGUGCUUUCUUACGGUUUAAGCCUCUUUGGGUGUUAAUUUGUACAUUUGGAAUCUGGUCUUAUAUUACAAUUCACCAGAAACCAAGCUACCAAGAUUAUGAGCAUUUGGAAUUGACUAGUGAGCAUCCUAAUACAGUAAACUGUUCCAAGAUACUAGAGGGUGACAAAGAGGAAAUUGAAAAAGUAAAGCUUGAACUGUUAAAAGUGUCCUUUAGGAGAACCCCCAAAAUGACUCCAAAUGACUAUAUCAACAUGACAGUUGAUUGUGCCUCCUUUAUUAAGAAGCGGAAAUAUAUUAUGGAACCUCUCAGCCAAGAAGAAGCAGAAUUUCCCAUUGCGUAUUCAAUAGUGGCUUAUCAUAAAAUUAAUAUGCUUGAGGGACUUCUGAGAACCAUAUACGCUCCUCAAAAUUAUUACUGCAUUCAUGUUGACAAGAAGUCCCCGGAGUCUUUCUUGGCAGCGGUAAAAAGCAUUGCAUCAUGUUUUCCCAAUGUCUUCGUUGCCAGCCAGUUGGAAAGUGUAGUGUAUGCCUCAUGGAGCCGGGUACAAGCUGACCUCAACUGCAUGAAGGACCUCUACAGAAGGAAUGUGAGCUGGAAGUACUUGAUCAAUCUCUGUGGCAUGGAUUUCCCAAUCAAGACCAAUCAAGAGAUUGUGGAGAAGUUGAAAGCCCUCAAUGGUGAAAAUAGUUUAGAAACGGAAAAAAUGCCUUCAAACAAAGAGGUGAGGUGGAAGAAACAUUAUGAAGUAGUUGAUGGCAAGGUAAAAAAAAUGGGGAUAGACAAACAGCAUCCACCUUUCAACAUACCCAUUUUCUCUGGAAGUGCCUAUUUUGUUGUUAAUAGGAAAUUUGUGGAAUAUGUAUUAGAGAACAGCAAAAUCCUUGCUUUUAUAGAAUGGGCUAAAGACACUUACAGUCCUGAUGAAUACUUAUGGGCUACAAUCCAGCGAAUCCCUGAAGUUCCUGGUGCAGUCUCUGCCAGUGACAAAUACGAUGUUUCCGAUAUGAAUGCCGUUGCCCGGUUUGUGAAGUGGGAUUACUUUGAGGGGGAUGUAUCCAAGGGUGCUCCUUACCCACCUUGCAAUGGAGUUCAUGUCCGUUCUGUAUGUGUCUUUGGAGUCGGAGACUUGAGCUGGAUGUUACAGAAACAUCAUUUUUUUGCCAACAAGUUUGAUACUGAUGUUGAUCCUUUUGCAAUUCAAUGUCUGGAAGAGCAUUUACGAGACAAAGUGCUACAACAACGCAGACAUUAACAUGCAGUGUUCUUUUUAUGGUACAUGUCUUUCUCAUUUGAUUAAAUUGGCAGAAAAGAGAUGGAAAAUACAAUACCCCUUUUUUGUUUUUAAACAAAGCUUGUAGGGUGAUUAUCUAGCUGAUUGUAUCCCCUGAGCUUUCUUAAUUGUUUUUUUUUUCUAAAAUAGUUCUAUUACAAAAAUUCUCUUGCAAAAGUCCACAGGAUUUUAGGCAUGAAACAAGAUCCUCCAGUUUACAACUGAAAGACUUACACUCUGUUCAUCUCUCCUCUGUAUCUUUUAAAGAAUUCUGUUAGAAAUCAAAUAAUCUUGAUCCUUAGUUGGUGUAGCCACUAAGACUACUUUCCUUAGUGGAAAAUGGACUAUUUUGAGAACUAAAAGUAGUCAUGGUGGAAAAGAUCUCAGAUUAAGGGAAAUUUAUGAGAUUAUGAAAUGGUAAUUUGAA